AUGCUGUCGCGCUCUGAUUGGUCGAGAGACACAGAGCAGGAAUCUGAUUGGUGGAUUUCACUUCCUGAAAAGGUUUCUAACAACAUUUUAAGUUCUGAAUCGUGUCCAGGUGGUCUGGGACAGUCUGGAUCAUCUGGAUCAGGCUGGAUCGGUUUCUGGGUGGUCUGGUUGGAGCUGGAUCAGUUUCUGGAUGCGGUCCAGGAUGAUCUGGUUGGAGCUGCAGCAGUCUUCGGGUCCGUACGGGGCCGUGAUGGUCAGGACCCCCGCCACCUUCAGCUCGUCCCCCUCCUCCUCCACGGGGAACCGGUUCUUUUCCAGCCACCUCCGGACGCCCCCUCUCCUCCUCCUCAGCUCCGCCGGGUCCAGGGUGCGGGUCUCCGGUGGGAGGAAGGAGGUCUGGAGACGCUCCGUGGUCUCCUCGUCUGCCUCCUGCAGGACCUCCACCUCCUCCACGGCGUGACCCAUCACCACCUGCACCGACGCCCUGCCCUCCUCCUCCCCGAAGUUCACCAGGACCAGACUGGCGGAGACCGGGUCCACGUCCAGCUUUUCCACUUGAAAACAUCACAUCAACGGAAAACCAUGGACUGUAAUAGGAAGUCAUCACAUUGUCCUCAGUGCCCAGCUGCAUCAGCAAUGGGCAGGAGGACGGUGACCAGUGAGGAGUCCAUCGACGACAAGGUUGAGCUGACGAUGGGGGUAAAAACAUCCAAACCCAAAGUGUCACGAAAGCUUUCUUCUGGUUUCUGUGAGGACCGUGAAGCCAGCGUCAGCAGAAGUGGAGUUUCUGAUUCACCACCACCACCGCCGCCGCUCUGUCUUUCACCAGCGACUGCUGCAGCACAAACACAGACGCCAAGCACAAAGCCCAAGGCCGGCGCGCUGGUAGCAUACAGGCAGCUGACUGAUGGGAGCGAGGCGGCCUCUCUCAGGGACCCAUCUCCUCUGCCGUUACUGACACUCAAAGGGAGUGUGAGUUUGUCGAGCUCUGACCCCAGGAGGAGCUUUUCACUCCACACGUCCAUCACCGGAGAAGCUCCACAGCAUGAAGGCCAAAGGUUGAAGAGGAAGCGUACCAUCACCAGAGAGGGAAACAAAAGUCAGUAUAACAGAGACCUUGAUCAGCAGGUAGAGGAGAGGAAAGAACAGAUGGAAAGGGAGAGAAGUAGAAAUGCUGUUGAUGAGCAAAAGCACAAUGACACCGAGCAGCACACUAUCUGGGGGAUGCCGGGAAGCGGCGCCCCAAACUACUACCUGGGCACAGCGAAGCGGACCAGGAGCCUCCACGCCGCCGGGAUCCUACCACAGGAGCAGGUGAACAAAGCACCGUCUUAUCAGCCGAGCAUUGUUCCAUGCAACAAUAGCCCAGUGUACUGAGAAGGUCUCCUGAUCGGCUUUGACAGAAACGAAACGGAGAGAGAGUCUGCAGCCAAAGCUUUUCCGUACAAAUGAGGAUUGUGUGUCAUGCAGAGUACUGCAGUAUUGACAGCAAGAAAGUUAGGAGUAAAAAAAACAACCUUGAGCCUCCUGCAGAGCUUUGCCAGCCCAAAAAUGUUUUUACAAGUAAAACUCCAUUCUGACCUCCUUUCCACACGUUGCAGUCGUUUUGCAGCGGCUGAAACUCAAACCUGUCUGUGGCUCUUCACAGUAGGAGCUGGUCAGACUCCAAACAAGUUGUGUUUGAGGUCUAAACUUGAGUCGGGGGUCCUGGGCCUGCUUCACAUUACAGCCUGUCUCUGUCACGGCUGCCGCUUCUGAAUGCUGUCUUUGUUUCCAGAUCCAUGAUAAAGGCUUCAGCGGGACCCCCUUCCACCGCCAGUGAAACGAAGACCAUAACAUCCCCAAACUGAGCCCGCUGAGAGCAGCCAGGCAAAUAGUACUCUCUGACUUUUGUCUUUAGUUUUGCAGACCGUCGAGGGUAUUUGGUCUGUUACAAGCAGCAAAUUCUGAUGGUGGCAAAAGAGACACAGCCUGUCAAUAAACUUAGAGUAUGAACAACUGGAGAACACUAAACAUGCGAGUCUUCUCUUUACAACUGCAUGUGUUGCUGCAUGAACAGGUGUCUGCAACAGCAACAUUUCCCACUUUGCAUAUCAAGAAUGGACUCGUGUGUUUAUGUAAUUUAGGGCACGUCAUGGUUUCAUAAAGGGCCACGCAGUGAUUAAGUUAAGUAUUGUACUUUUAUAAAGCCAAACUCGAAGCAGCAGAAGAGGCUGAAAUAUCCUGACUUUUUAGUCUCUGGUAUCGAUACUACAGCUCCCAUAAUGCACCUCAGCAGUCAAGUUCAAGCAAGUCUUAAAGGAAUCAUCUGACAUUUUGGGAAAUAUACUAUUUGCUUUCUUCUCGAGAGUUAAGGCCUUUGCAAACCAAGUCCGAAUUUCUUCGCCUGAAACUCUUAAACUUUCAUCCGUCAUUAAAGUUUUCGAGUAGUUUGACCAAUCAGAGCCACUGUAAAGGCAAAUGUUACCAUCCAAAAAUGGUAUAUGAUAAGGUGAUGCACUUCGCUCAUUUGUUCGCAAAACAAAGGAUGAGCGAAAGAUUAGACAGUAGUGUAGAUUGUGCUCUAGGCAGCUAAACGAUAGCUUCUUGCUAACGUUGUUCAUUCCUUGGCGUUCAUUUGGGACUAUAGCGCUCUCCGCUCAAACCACGUAAAGAUUAAAAGGCACAUUCAAAAAAUAAGGAAUUGCCUUUUUAGAUGAGAUGAAUAAUACCCAUUUCACAUUUGCAGAUGUAGCUGGAGCCAGCACCAGGUUAGCUUAGCUUAGCAUAAAGACUGGAAACAGCCCACCUAAACCAAGAUACCAGCUGCAUAUCUAAUCCUAACCCUAAUCUACAGCCAUGAGAGUGCUUUGCUAGAAAGUUUGCGAUCACAUCGUCCUACACCGAUAUAGAAAUGUUGCCUUCCUGCUGAUUUGAAUCCUUCUGAAAUAUGUUGUUACUGUGAGUCACGUCUUGGCAUUAGAUACCACUCGAAACAUCUACUAACUUACAUACUUUGUCCAAAAAAGUUUCCCCGAUUGAUCUCCAGGUAAUUUCCAGAUAAUGACAGAGUGAAGGGAGAUGACUCAUCCUCGUCUAAUUGCACGUCUUUGUUAGCGUGACGUUAGCGAGCUCCUAAUUUGAACAGUUUACCCAGACACACAGUGUGCAUGUAUUUAGUUCUCAUAGGCUAAAGGGGCCUCGGCGUGGAGGGCAGCAGCUCUCCUCCUCAGUGGGUGGGUAAUUAUGAUGUAGGGACAGUUAUAAGGGACAGUGAAAUACCAAUGCUUAGAGCGUAGGCUGGUAAUUAUACUGUAGAACACAAGGUUUGUACAUGUGCAAAUGUUGUACACUAAAAGCAGAGAAACUGUUCAACAAGUUAGAACUUCCUCUGUGUGAAUUAAGGUUGUUUAAUUUGAUGAAAGAAGAGUUUGUUUGUUUCCUCGUCUGUGUUGUGGAGGAUCUGGAGUGUGUGACUUAAUUCACUGAAUUACAAACAUGGAAACUUGGCUUGAACAGCAGGAGAAAUGAGAGCAGGAGCAGUUACCCGAAGGUCUACGCUUUGCUUACACAUCUGUGCAUCAUAUCCAGUGGUAUAAAAUAUAUUUAUUCUGAAAUGGAACAUUCUGCAUGAUGAGUACUUUCAUUGUCGGUACUUUUAAGUAUAUUUUGAUGCUUAAACCUUCUGCAGUUGGGCUCAUCAAUAAAGCCCGGGACCCCCCACUGACUGGGACACAUUUUAUCACAGUUACACACCCUGGCACAACUCCUCUCCAUUAAUAUAAACAUGACACUUUAAUAACAUACUUGUGUUAACAUACACAUAUGUGUAACGUACUUGGCAAUAAACCGCUUCUGAUUCUGAUUAAGUAAGCUUUUGAAUGCAGGACUUUUAUAAUAACUAUUUAUAGAGCACCUUUUAUAAACACUUUACAAAGUGCUUUGACGGACAAAGCAGCAAAAGCAAGACAAUACGUAUAA